UUGGUUCGUGUCGUUACGUAACGUCGAAAAGGACGAAAAUUCGACAUCGCGUAUAUCGAGACCAAUUUGAUUGAUGGAUGUAGUUCUGCUGUACGCCAUAAAAAGCUCGUCGAAACAUAAAUGUUGCCCACGUUGACGUCUAACGGAUAAACAUUUUUUUAUUCACAAAAUCCCAAAACAGUUUUUCACAAAAAAAUUGAGUUAUUUUUUUUAUAUUUCAAUCAUGGUGAUUGGUUUAUUGAGAAAAUUGUGCGUGUUGUGUCGCUACGAUGUGGCGGCAGAAGUGAUUGUGAAUUCUAAGGAUUUUCAUUUGAGAUUCUAAUUAAAAUAUUUGUCACGUCGUUUCCUAAUUGGGGAAGCAAAAUGCGACAGAAAACGGACCAUCAAAGCAUACUUUUUGCGUUCCUUUUAUACUACGUAUACGAGAACAACUUAAUCAUAUCUGAAGCUUCUCUCGUCGGCGUUUCGGACAAGGGUAGUACAAAACCAACCCCUGAGCGACCCUAUUUCGACGAUAUCGGACCGAGAAACGUUACAGCCGUAGUAGGUCAGUCAACUCUUCUUAGUUGCAGAGUCAAACAUCCUGGGGAUAGAACAGUAUCUUGGAUGCGCAAAAGAGAUUUACACAUCCUAACAUCUGGGAUUCACACUUACACGGGAGAUGGUAGAUUUAGCGUGCGCCAUCCUGAACACAGCGACGACUGGGACUUGCGCAUCGAGUACGUUCAAAAGCGAGACGCCGGUGUCUACGAGUGUCAAGUGAACACCGAGCCGAAGAUUAACAUGGCGAUACUGCUGAACGUCGAGGACGCAUCCCAGAAGUACCGCGACGCCCAAGCGACCAUAUCCGGUCCGGUUGAAGUGUUCGUGAUGAAGGGAAGCACGAUUUCACUGACUUGUUCGGUGAACGUGCAUUCGACUCCUCCAUCUUCCAUUCAAUGGCUUCAUGGACCUAAUAUGGUCGAUUUCGAUUCGACAAGGGGAGGUAUCAGCUUGGAAACGGAAAAAACGGAAUCAGGAACUACGAGCAAAUUAUUAGUAACUAAGGCUUUGUUAACUGAUUCCGGUAACUACACUUGUAUGCCGUCCAAUGCUAGUCCUGCAUCUGCUAUAGUUCAUGUUUUAAACGGAGAACACCCAGCGGCAAUGCAGACCAGCUCAGCACUCGGUCACCAAAAAGAAGUAACCUUCUUAAUCAUCUUCCUCCUAUUAACUUUAAUAAGAUGAUCAAUUCGCUGAAAAUAAAUCUUUACAUUUACAAAAAUUCAAACAAUAUCACCUAUUUAUAAUCUGGGGAAUCUUAUUAAACGAAGCAAGAAAAAAAUCAAUCUUGACUUUAUCAAGAAUAAACGUUUAUAGCCAAAAUGGGACAUAGCGUAACCGAUGUUGUUUACUUGUGGUGCUAUUUCAACCGAACCGGUCGUGAGAGUGAAACGAAAAUUGUGUACAUAUGUAGUGUUUUACGAUAAGAAUGCGAGGAAAGUGUUAAUCGUGUUGACGGUAAAUAAAGAUUAUGGACUUAACUAUAUUAUACAUGUUGACUUUAUUGUUUUAUAGGUAUAAACGACAACGUUAUUAGAUGCCAUAUAAAAUUAAUUUUUUAAUCGUUUUCUUUCCCUAUGAAUCGAAAAUUGUAUCACACAUUCGCGAUUCCGUUUUCGUACGGUUACAUUUUGUAGAGAUCUCUUCAUUGUACCUUGUAUCAUUCUGUAAAUAAACUCAUAUAAUACAAUAAUCA